AUGAAUUCAAACGUUGCCUCUGUUAAAUUAGUGCUAUUAGGUGAGGCUGCAGUUGGGAAAUCGAGUAUUGUUGUGAGGUUUGUGUCGAACGAUUUUUCUGAGAACAAAGAGCCAACUAUUGGCGCUGCAUUUUUAACACAAAGAGUCAACAUCGAUGACCAUACUAUCAAAUUUGAAAUAUGGGAUACUGCUGGUCAAGAGAGAUUUGCUUCUUUAGCUCCUAUGUACUAUAGAAAUGCACAAGCUGCGUUGAUUGUUUACGAUGUUACUAAACCGCAAUCCUUUAUUAAAGCCCGCCAUUGGGUGAAAGAAUUACAUGAACAAGCAAGUGGAGAUAUAGUAAUAGCAUUGGCAGGCAAUAAAGUUGAUUUGAUAGAAGAGAAUGGGGAAAACGAACGUAAAGUUGCCACCGAAGAAGGUCAAAAGCUAGCAGAUGAAGAGAAUUUGUUGUUCUUUGAGACUAGUGCUAAGACAGGGUAUAACGUCAAUGAAAUAUUUUUGGCAGUUGGUGAUAAGAUUCCUUUGAAGAGACCAAACGAUAAUGCUAAUGAAAACGGUUCUGGCAAUAACCAAAACAGUUCCAGAGUUCAAUUGACAGAUGCUAAUGCUAACGCUGCUAAUGCCGGAAAUUGUAGUUGUUAA